CGGCCACCCGCCAGCCUGCCCGGCCGCCCGCCUGUCCCACUCCCUCCCUCGCGGGGACCCGGAGGAGAGGGGACCAUGCCGGAGCCUGGGCCGGACGCCCCCGGCACUGCUAGCGCGCAGCCCCCGCCGCCGCCGCCCCCGCCUCCCGCGCCCAAGGAGUCCCCGUUCUCCAUCAAGAACCUGCUCAACGGAGACCACCACCGGCCGCCCCCUAAGCCUCAGCCACCCCCACGGACGCUCUUCGCUCCGGCCUCGGCUGCCGCCGCCGCUGCCGCCGCCGCUGCUGCCGCUGCGGCCAAGGGGGCCCUGGAGGGUGCUGCAGGCUUCGCGCUCUCGCAGGUGGGCGACCUGGCUUUCCCCCGCUUUGAGAUCCCGGCGCAGAGGUUUGCCCUGCCCGCGCACUACCUGGAGCGCUCCCCGGCCUGGUGGUACCCCUACACCCUGACCCCCGCCGGUGGCCAUCUCCCGCGACCAGAAGCAACGGAGAAAGCUCUCCUGCGAGACUCCUCCCCCGCCUCGGGCACGGACCGCGACUCCCCCGAGCCACUGCUCAAGGCCGACCCCGACCCAAAGGAGCUGGACUCCAAGAGCCCGGACGAGAUCAUUCUGGAGGAGAGCGACUCGGAGGAAGGCAGGAAGGAGGGCGAGGCGGCGCCCGCCGCGGCCGGGGCGAGCGGAGGGGCGGCGGCCGCGCCGGGCGCCGAGGACUGGAAGAAGGGCGCCGAGAGCCCCGAGAAGAAGCCGGCGUGUCGCAAGAAGAAGACGCGCACGGUCUUCUCGCGCAGCCAGGUCUUCCAGCUCGAGUCCACCUUCGACAUGAAGCGCUACCUGAGCAGCUCGGAGCGCGCCGGCCUGGCCGCCUCGCUGCACCUGACCGAGACGCAGGUCAAGAUCUGGUUCCAGAACCGCCGCAACAAGUGGAAGCGGCAGCUGGCGGCCGAGCUGGAGGCGGCCAACCUGAGCCACGCGGCGGCGCAGCGCAUCGUGCGGGUGCCCAUCCUCUACCACGAGAACUCGGCGGCCGACGGCGCGGCGGCCGCGGCCGCGGGCGCCCAGGUGCCCGUCAGCCAGCCGCUGCUCACCUUUCCGCACCCGGUCUACUACUCGCACCCGGUGGUCUCGUCCGUGCCGCUGCUACGGCCCGUCUGAGGCCCGAGAGGGGAGGAGGAGGGAGCGCCCGGCCCCCUUCCCAGACCCCGGAGGAGACUGGGCCGGGCCGAGGGCGCCGAGACGUCCAGCGGCCUUCGGGAACCGGGGCGUCGGCGCGCUGCCCCGGCCUCCCCUCCCCCAAUCGGUAGCGGUUUGUAAGUAUUUGCAAUGCAUUUUCGUGCAAUUCACCCCUAAUGGAUUUGAGGCGCUUCCCCCCUUACUUUUGGUUUUGGCUUCUAUUAAGAGAACAGGGGAAAGAUACCAUUCCCGGGUCCAGUAUUUCGGCCGAAAGCUUUUGGAACGUGAGCAGCCCUCCCACCCGAUUUGCAUCGCGCUGUGGCUUUUGGUUUUAUUUUUAUAGCAGGAAAAUGAGCGCAAAAACCUGAACCCCUCUCGUUUGUUC